GUUGCUUGAAGGAGCUACCACUUCAUACUCAAAUAACUGCUUGUAUGAGAGCAUCCAUUUUUUUGAUUCCUAAAUAACAAAUGUACAUUUUUCAUGAUGAAAAUGACCAAAAGCCUCUUUCUACUAUUACUAUCAGAAUGUUGCUCCUUUAAACUGGUAUUUUCCAACUUUCACCACAUCCCACUGUCAAAGACCUAUGAAGAAGCGAAGAACUACUGCAGAGUGAUGUACACGGACCUGGCUACCAUUAACAACCUGACAGAUAUGGCCAAUCUGAUUGCUUCUGUUCCAAAUACCACAGAGCGAGCGUGGAUAGGACUGGAGAUGGGAGAUGUACCAAAGUGGCACUGGGCUUGGCCUCAUCAAAAACUGGAUUUUUUUAACUUUGGGGAAGGAGAACCACAAGGUUUGGGCCAAAAUUCAUGUGCAGCCAUGGAUCUACAAGGACAAUGGUUUGAGAGUGAUUGUGAAACCAAACGGAGCUUUGUUUGUCAGGGCAACAUUGAUGAUACCAGCAACUACAUUUUUGUUACAAACACCAAAUCAUGGAGGGAUGCCCAAAAGCAUUGCAGGGAUUUGUCAAUGGAUCUGGUUGGUGUAGGCUCCGCAGAAGAGAACGAGGAAGUCCAAAAUGUGUCCACAUCUCAAAACGUGUGGAUCGGCCUCUUCCGAGAUGCGUGGAAGUGGUCCGAUGGGAGUGAGUCGUCAUUCCGCUACUGGAAACCACACCAACCAAAUUCUGCUAAUCAGGAUUGUGUUGCUGCUGUAUUGAAAGAUGAAGGCCGGUGGAAUGAUCUGAGGUGCAGCACCAAACGCACCUUUGUCUGUCAUGGCCCCAGCAAAGUUGUACCAACCAGUCAGACGAGCACACAGGAGACGACGACUGUCACGACUCCUUUCAACAGCUCAUCUUCAGAGGUGACACUCAUUAAUUCCACAGCAGCUACUUCUACGCAACCAUUAAAUACAGCGACUACAGGUGGCACCUCUGCAUUCACAACACAGCCUGGGACUCUGACUACGACACCCGCAUCCUCUGAAAGCGAUCUUCAGUUGAUCGCAGGUAACCUGAUCUUAAUUCGUAGAAACAUGACUUGGACGGAGGCCCUGAGUUACUGCAGAGAACACCACAGGGACCUUGUCUACAUCACUAACCCAAGCACUCAGAAUCAAGUGGCGGAGAUGACAAAGAACGCCACUUCAUCUCACGUUUGGCUUGGCUUACGCUACACUUGCAACUUUAACUUUUGGUUUUGGAGCAGUUCGCCGGUCCACUGUUACCAGAACUGGGCUCCAGGGGAAGGAUCAGAGGGUGCAAAGUGGUGUGGCACUAAUGGGGCCAUGGAGACCACAGGGGAGCAGCAAUGGGUCGGCUUGCCUGAGACGCAGCAACUGAAUUUCAUCUGCCAGAAUUGUGCUGGUUGAGGGAGGUUUAGGAAGCUUAAAAAGCGCUGGUUAUUCUAGCGUUCUAUUCAAAUGUCUCUCCAUUUUUGUCAAUGCAGGCCAGUGCACUUGUGUGAGAAGACUUGAGGGCUGCCUCCUCCAUUGUUGAGCGUGAAUUUCAUUAAAUAUGCCAACACUGGGGUGUGCAGGCCAACACAUUCAUGGGCAGAGAGAGUGACGUGAGAACAUUGAUCUGCCGCUUUCACUCAGGGGUUAAUAUUUGCAUGUUGACCCCCUCGGCUACAGGGCUCAAGAUGGUCUUUUUAGGACCACCAUGGUCCCGGUGCAGACUGCCUGCUGCCCCUACUGACCUGACCUUCACUUGUCCGCAGUGCUGAGGUCUACAUGGAUCACCACUCACCGUGGGAAUACUAUACACAAUAUUCUGAACUGUAAAUGAUACAGAAGUAAAGAAGUGUUAGACCAAAAUGAAAAGAAAUAAAAGGAACAUAAAACAAGUUAUGGAAACAUGACAUCAAACACCAAAACAUGGCAUAUUACAUGUACUGUAUUUGUAACAGUUUAUCAUGAACCUAUAAUAAAAUAUUUG